GUCUAUUCGCCCUGUGUGACGUGUUACAAUUUUCAUUGAGUCGAAAACCUUCUAUAUUUUAGCAAACAUAUUAAUAUUUUUGGUUUUGAUAUAAGAUCCCGGCGUGUUUAAGAUAAAGAUGGGCUCAUUCCGUAGAGAAAAGGAAGACGAAGAAGAGGGUCCUACCAACAUUUAUCAAAAUUUGGAAAAAACAUCGGUAUUGCAGGAAACAAGGGCUUUUAACGACACACCAGUGAAUCCAAGAAAAUGCAUUCACAUCUUAACCAAGAUUUUAUAUCUAAUCAAUCAGGGAGAACAACUUGGUACACGAGAAGCAACCGACUGCUUCUUUGCCAUGACGAAACUUUUCCAGUCUAAAGAUGUGGUGUUGCGACGCAUGGUCUACUUGGGCAUCAAGGAGUUGUCGGGAGUGGCGGAAGAUGUCAUCAUUGUUACCAGUUCAUUGACCAAAGAUAUGACUGGCAAAGAAGAUUUGUAUCGUGCUGCAGCCAUACGUGCCCUAUGUAGCAUCACUGACAACACCAUGUUGCAAGCUGUCGAACGUUAUAUGAAACAAUGCAUUGUCGAUAAGAAUGCAGCAGUGUCGUGUGCGGCUCUGGUUAGUUCUCUUAGAUUGGCCAGCACUGCUGGCGAUGUAGUAAAGCGGUGGGCUAAUGAAGCACAAGAGGCCUUGAACAGUGACAAUAUCAUGGUACAAUAUCAUGCUUUGGGUUUGUUGUACCAUAUCAGAAAAUCCGAUCGUUUGGCUGUUACCAAAUUGGUUAACAAGCUUACGCGUAAUUCAAUGAAAAGUCCAUAUGCCGUUUGUAUGCUGAUACGUAUAGCAUGUAAACUCAUCGAAGAAGAGGAUAUAUCCGCAGAUGAAAUGUCUGAAUCUCCCAUGUUCACUUUUAUUGAAUCUUGCUUGCGGCACAAAAGCGAAAUGGUCAUUUACGAAGCAGCACAUGCUAUUGUUAAUUUGAAAAAUACAAACGCCCGUGUCCUCUCGCCGGCAUUUUCAAUUCUGCAACUGUUUUGCAGUUCGCCAAAGGCUACAUUGCGUUUUGCAGCUGUACGUACUUUAAAUAAAGUGGCAAUGACCCAUCCUGCUGCAGUUACCACUUGCAAUUUGGACUUAGAAGGCCUUAUAGCGGACUCCAAUCGUUCGGUUGCUACGCUUGCAAUUACAACUUUGUUAAAAACCGGCGCCGAGUCGUCGGUGGAACGUUUAAUGAAACAAAUUUCUUCGUUUGUGGCCGAAAUAUCCGACGAAUUUAAAGUAGUCGUUGUGCAAGCCAUUUGCUCAUUGUGCACAAAAUAUCCACGUAAGCACACGGUCCUUAUGAAUUUCCUGAGUGGCAUGUUGCGCGAAGAGGGUGGCUUGGAAUACAAAACUUCCAUAGUCGACACUAUUAUCACGAUCAUUGAGGAGAAUGCAGAGGCAAAGGAGUCCGGUCUAUCGCAUUUGUGCGAAUUCAUUGAAGAUUGUGAACAUGUCUCGCUGGCUGUUCGAAUCUUGCAUCUUUUGGGCAAGGAGGGGCCUUUUGCUAAUCAACCUUCUAAGUAUAUACGAUUUAUCUACAAUCGUGUCAUUUUGGAGAGUCCCAUUGUACGAGCUGCAGCAGUAACAGCAUUGGCUCAAUUUGGGGCUUCUUGUCCUGCCUUAUUGGGCAAUAUAAUGGUACUUCUUGGGCGCUGUCAGAUGGAUCCCGAUGAUGAAGUUCGAGAUCGUGCUACUUAUUAUUUACAUCUUCUGCAAACCGAAAAAUCUGAACUAUAUAAACAUUACAUCAUUGAGCGGGAAACAUGUUCUUUAGCAUUGUUGGAGAAGGCGCUUAUUGAUCACUUGAACGGUGAUUGUAAUACUGGAUUUGAUCUUACUAUUGUUCCAAAAGCUGCCAUUGUUAAGGAGGACAUUAAGGAUGAGGCAAUGUUGGUUUCCAAUGCUCCUCGUGCCCCUAAAAUUACACGAGAAGAAGAAAGUGCCGCACGUCUCGCUCAAUUGCCUGGUAUUCAUGCACUAGGUCCCAUACAUCGCACAGCGCCAGCAAUUCAACUUACAGAAAGUGAAACAGAAUAUACGGUGUCGUGCAUUAAGCACAUAUUCCCAAAUCAUGUUGUAUUCCAGUUUGAUUGUUUAAACACCUUAUCGGAUCAAUUUUUGGAAAAUGUUCGCGUGGAACUAACAAUUCCGGAUGGUUUUAUUACACGUGCAGUUAUACCAUGUCCCAAAUUGCCCUACAAUGAGCUACAAACAACAUUUGUUAUUGUAGAGUUCCCUCAAGAUGUGGGAAGUUCCACAGCUACUUUCGGGGCUACUUUAAGAUUUUUGGUUAAAGACUGUGAUCCCAAUACGGGUGAACCAGAUUCCGAAGAUGGCUACGAUGACGAAUAUAUGCUUGAAGAUAUGGAGAUAACAGUGGCAGAUCAAAUACAAAAAACAAAGAAGAGCAAUUUCCAGGCUGUAUGGGAUGCUGCCGACACUGAAGAAUGGGUUGAAGCCGAAGACACAUAUUCCUUAUCAACUGUCAAUACUCUUCAAGAGGCUGUCAACACAAUAAUUAAAUUCUUAGGUUUGGGUCCUGCUAAUCUCUCGGAAAAGGUACCGGAAGGUGUCGCAACGCAUACUUUGCUUUGUUCGGGUACAUUCAGAGGCGGGGCUGAGAUUUUGGUACGCGCCAAACUAGCCUUGUCGGACGGUGUUACUAUGCAGCUAACAGUUCGAACCACUUACCCAGAAGUAGCGGAGUUAGUGACAGCUGCUAUAGGAUAAGAGUAUCCCGACAAACUUCACACACAAGGAAGUUUUUCACAAGUAACCUACACAAUAUUCUGAUGCAUUGAAAUGCGUUGAAAUGUAAGAAGUAUUUUCUUUCUAUGAAACAUAUAGAUACUGCAGACAAAAAAUAAGGUUUAUUAUGUGUACUAUUCAUUAAGGAAUAUUAUUACCAUUAGUUGUUAUUGAAAGCCGAAUAAAAUUCGUUUGAAUUACUUGUGUCGCAAGCAAGAGACACUAA